CCAUAUCCGCUCAUUAGUUCCGACCUAAACAAACAAACAGCUCAGCGGGAGAUCUUUCACCAGUUAAGAAAGAAACGUUACGCCCUUUAAAUGAAUAUCUCUUCGAACCAAUGCGUUGUCUUUUUUUUCUGUUACGCUUCGGUCUGUGAUUUCUGACUCUGCGCAACAACGGAGCUAAUUUUUCCGCCCGUCCAACUCCAACCGUAGGAUCUUCCACCCGCAGCCUGGACAGAGAUGAGCAGCCAGCUGCUGGGCACCGUGUCAGCCGUGAAGCGGGUCUGGUAGGCGGGUGUUAGGAAGAGGUUUGGCUCCCCGCUGGAAGACGGACAGGGCCAUUUAUGAAGAGACGUUAGUGGAGGAAAGCUAAAACCCAGCCCUCCAGCAGCCCGGUGACAACCUUGUAAAAUAACCCCCCCUCCCUUCCCUUCUAUCCCAUUUGCUGCCCCGCCACCAUGAGCGCCAUGCGCGUCGACGCCAAAGUGGUGAUGCUGGGAAAGGAGAGCGUCGGCAAGACCAGUCUAGUGGAGAGAUAUGUUCACCAUCGCUUCUUAGUCGGCCCCUACCAGAAUACGAUCGGCGCUGCUUUUGUUGCCAAACCAAUCCAAGUCGGAGAAAAAGUGAUUACCCUGGGAAUAUGGGACACGGCCGGAUCAGAGCGUUACGAGGCGAUGAGCCGGAUCUAUUACAGAGGAGCUCGGGCCGCUGUGGUCUGCUACGAUCUGACUGACAGCAGCAGCUUCCAGAGAGCUAAGUUUUGGGUGAAAGAGCUGCAGAACUGCGAGGAGCACUGUAAGAUCUACCUGUGUGGCACUAAGAGCGACAUGAUCGAAGGAGACAGGAGCCUGCGUCAGAUUGACUACCACGAUGCUCAGGACUUUGCUGAAGAGAUCGGAGCACAAUAUUUUGAAACCUCUAGCAAGACAGGAAAAAAUGUUGAUGAGCUGUUCCAGAAAGUAGCUGAGGAUUACAACAGCUCCGCUUUCCAGUUUAUGACAGAGGAAACGGGCGUGGACUUGGGUCAGAAGAAGGACUCGUAUUUUUACAGCUGCUGCCAUAACAACUGAUCCGAACAUCAAGAAGGGAAAAGAGAAGAGCCACCUUCCCCCCUGGACCUGGAUGUGCUGGAAGGCCCCAGCAAACCACACAAAGAGAAACCAAACUCUGCUAUCUGUACCUUCAUAACAUGUUUAUUUCUUUUGUGCCAAAAAGAGCUGGGAAAACAGAUCUGCUGCUCUGAAACUGAUACCAAGUGUUACAUGUCUAAAGACUUCUCAGUGCUGUUAAAUCCAACGGUCCCUUCUGGAUAGCUGCUGUUUACAACAAUCGGAAACUUUCAUUGAAAGGAUUGAAGCGACGAAGCUGCCCAACCUGGACUGAAGGAGGCAAAAACCGAGGAAAGAAGUUUACUGUUAGGGGGGUUACAACCAAGUUUUAUUUAAUACUUUUGUUAAAGAGUAAGCUGAUCACACAUCAAGUGUCAUAAACCUACAAAAUACACUAAUAUGGAUAAGAUGAAAAAAUGCUGAGGCCCUUAUAUCCCAUAGUAAAAGAAGAGGCUUUGUGUUUACAUUCAGCAGCCUCACAUUGUCUACGUUUAGCACAUUUUCUACAUGACAGCCAUGGAUGUAUGUUGAAAUGACAUCUUCAGGCAAAGUAAACGUUCGUUUUUCAGCUUCUUCUGUCUGUUAGGAAGAACAUUUUAUAGCAAGAUGGUGAUUAGACCGAAAGAAGAGGACAAAAUUCUACAAAGGUUAUUUUACAUCAAUACAGGAGCAAAAAACACUAAUGCACGUUUUGAUUGUGUGACACAGCAAAGAGUUAUUUAGCUCCAUGUAAUGGGGAACUAUCGGACGUAUUAACUAUUGCACUGUUAGAGAAAUAAGCUGGUUUUAGGGGCCGAUGACGGAGAGCUAAUUCCUGCAUACCAAUGAUAUUGCAUGACUUAUCCUGCCUGAAUUAAACCUGAGUAAAGAUGACUUUUCUUUAACGUCUUUGAAAACAAUCAGUAGAGGCUGAAAUCUGACAGGUUUAAAAAAAAACAUUUAAAUUCACAGAGACUAUGGAAGUUUUGCUAUGGUGAACUGACAUACCACAGAUUUUCUCAAACAGGAAACAAAGAAACGAAGCCCCUCCUGUGGGAAAUGAAAUGUACAGACUGUCUUUGCUCAUUGUACUGGGAUUAUUACCUGGAGCUGAGUUUGAUUUGCUAAUUUAUUGCCUUUUAAGUUGUGCUGCAAACUGAAUGUUUGUUCAUGUUUUGGUGUUUCAUGAAAUUUUGAUGCAUAAUAUUUUUAUUAAAGGCUGUUAAAGUUGUCCAGACAAAUUCUUUCAAAUAAAAAAAAAAAGCUUCUUCAGUGAAU